UACUUUCUGUGAAUAAGUAACACUGGGGAUUGGACUGUUGGGGUGUAUUCUGCUGAAAAGGGUUGUUAUCUUGGACCAUGCAAGGCUUGAUGAGCCCCAGCAGUUAUUGAAUAUAUACCACUCAGCUUCUCCACUCAGGUCUUAGUUUUACAUGGCUUCUCUGCCGCUUUGAAUGGUACGUGAAUUCUUCAGUAAAGUCUCUGCUGGAAAAAAUAUGGAUGGUGAUGAUAACUUGGACCUGCUAGCCUCCCUGUUAGAAGAGAAUGAGGCAGCUGUGGGGCUGGAGUGUGAGGAGAAUGGUGUUAAUGUGGCUACAGAUGGAGAGCCGGAUGAAUAUAAUGAGCUAUUUGAUGCAGAAGAUGAUGAAUCCUAUACCGAGGAAGUGGAAGCUGACGAGGGAGAGUCCAGUAGCGGCAAAGAAAAUGUGUCUGAGUUGUUUGGAGAUGUGGGUGACCUGUCUGAGGAAGAGGAGGAGAAAACUGUGCAGGAAACAUCUCAUUCUCUAGCCGAAAAGGAGAAGACCAAUCAACAUCUGCAAGAUGAACUGAGGAAAUUGCGGGAGCAGAUGAAGACACUCCAGGAGCAACUGCAAAAGACAGCAAUAGGGCAGCCUGCUCACAUGGCCCCUAGCAAGAAAAGUUCUGGUAAGUCUCCUGCUGCCCCCUUAAAGCAAAGGAAGCUUCACGAGUCACCUUGUUUCUCAGCCCAGCUCAGCUGUCCUGCAUUGGCCGCAAACACAGGUCAGGGCCAGAAGAUGAAACCUUCACUGUCUGAGAAUAAAAGACAUGCUUCAAAACCAGUUUCAGGUUUGUCGCCUCAGCCUCUGAAGUCCAUGACUGGGAACAGACCUGAUUUGGGCACCAGUCAGAGAUCCCAAGGGCCAAAGAAUGCCGGUGUGAAUAGUCAAGAAGUCUCCUUUGAAACCUUCUCUGGACUGAGGCUAAGAAAACCCCGUGUAUCCUCUGUUGAGAUGGAAAGAAAAAUGACAGGCCGAAAGUUUAUUAGACUUUCUCAAUUGCAAGACAAGCUUGCUUCAUUAAACCUUGAGGAAACAGACUGGGUAACGUUUGGAGUCAUCAUAAAGAAAGUCACGCCUCAGAGCUCCAAUAACGGUAGAACCUUCAGCAUCUGGCGCUUGAAUGACCUGCAUAACUUCAGCCGCUGUGUCUCAUUGUUUCUGUUUGGUGAUGUUCACAAAGAUCACUGGAAGACAGAGCAAGGCAUGGUCAUAGGACUACUCAAUGCUAAUCUCAUGAAACCAAGAGAAGGAUCAGACGAGGUGUGUGUGUCUGUCGAUCAUCCCCAGAAGAUCUUACUUCUGGGUGAGGCUAUGGACUUGGGAACCUGUAAAGCAAGGAAGAAAAAUGGCGAGCCCUGUGCACAGAUGGUUAACCUGAAUGAAUGUGAAUAUUGCCAGUACCAUGUCCAGUCCCAGUACCGGCGGCUCAGUUCAAAGCGGGCGGACCUGCAGUCGACCUUCUCAGAUUCCCGAGCUCCGAAGAGAGCAGCAAAGAAGAGCCUUGGCUUGAAAGAGAGGCUUUGUCAGGAUGGCUUUUACUACGGCGGGGUUUCCUCAGCUGCUUAUGCAGCUUCAGCUGCAGCAGCUGCCGCCCCAAAGAAGAAAAUCCAAACAACUCUGUCCAAUUUGGUUGUAAGAGGAGUUGAUGCAAUUCUACAGGAGACCAAGCAGAAACUGGGUUUGCCAAAACAACCUUUGCCAUGUUCAGAGGAAUUCAAAGAACUAUUGUCAGUGCCCUCUUUUGGAGCAAGAAACCUGAAUAAACACCUAGCCAAAGCCAGUGCACCAGUAUCUGUUGGGAAGCAAAAUCCAGCAUUCCAGUCCAUCUCUGCUUCAGCACUGAUUAAGCAACAGAAGCAGCAAAUGCUGGAAGCCAGGAAAAGGAGGUCUGAAGAGAUGCAGAAGAGGUUUCUUCAAAAUACAAGUCAUGCAACUGUGGCAGCAAUGCCACCUUCCUCAGGACCAGCGGUGCUACGCUCUCCAACUCCUGCUGCAGAGUUUCCCAAAGCUGCCAAACUGUCAAGCCCCGAAACUCCUAGACUUGGCACAGGCUUCUCUGAAGGAGACGAUGUUCUCUUCUUUGAUAGUUUGCCUCCUCUGGUGCCCAAACUGAAUGGCUUGGCAGAAGCUAAAAAGAUGGCAGCUAUAAAUAAACUACGUGCAAAAGGCCGGGUCCUCGCCAAAGUGGACCCAAACAGCAUAAAAAGGAAACGAUCCAGUCUAGACAUUCCGGAGAUUUCUGAGAGAGCUGAGAAAAACAUCCCUCUGUCCCAAGAUGUUGAUGCAGCAGAACCUGCCGGAAAGAAACCACGCCAGCAGCUUGCGUACUUGGAGUCUGAUGAAUUUCAAGAGAUCUUGAAUGCUAGAUCCAAACACAUGGGUGUCCUUAAGGAGUUUGAGGCUGAGCUGCAGGAACGCUAUUUUGAGCCCCUGGUGAAGAAGGAGCAAAUGGAAGAUAAAAUGCGGAGCAUCCGAGAAGUGAAGUGCCGUGUUGCAACGUGCAAAUCGUGCAAGUAUACCUAUUUCAAGCUCCUGGAUUCAUGUGUGGAACAAAAUCAUGACUAUCACUGGCAUGAUGGUGUAAAACGAUUUUUCAAGUGUCAGUGUGGAAAUAGAGCCAUAUCUCUUGACAAGCUGCCGAAAAAACACUGCAGCAAUUGUGGUCUCUUUAAAUGGGAACGUGAUGGAAUGCUCAAGGAGAAGAAAGGUCCCAAGAUUGGUGCAGAAACUCUUUUACCAAGAGGGGAAGAACAACCGCGAUUCCUCAGCAGUAUAAAAUAGCUAUGAAAAGUUCUUUCUCUCCUUUACACUUGCCUUUUAAAUUUGUCUCUCAUGUCUGGUAAGGUGCAAGUAGCUCUGUGUUUCAGAAUGACUGAGGAGUUCCUUCUGAAAGACACAGACUGCAGCAGCAACUCCACUUACCUGACAGUAAGCCCCAUCCAAUUCAGUGAGGUAGAUGU